CAAGUGUGUGAAAAGGCUCCGCUUGUCAGUCAGACUUUGAACUGUGCACUGGCGCUCAUCGCUGCUAAUCUCUGACCGCUGCUUGUCAUCAACAACGCUGCCGCUGACACUUAUUCCCGACGAGCUCAGUUGUGUAGAUUAGGAUGAACAGUCGCUAACAGGGGCAGGAAACCCGAGGGCAAUACCGUAGGGACCGAGCGGAGAUUAAACGUUAGCUACACCGUUUAACGUUCACGUUACUCGGGAGUUGCGAUGGUCCAGGCAAGGGAUAUUUUUUUAGCCUUGCUUCUCGUGAGCUGUACAGUUUCAUUGGAAGUACAGAUCACACCAACCCACGGUGAGAUUAGUCUUGGAGAGUCCAAAUUCUUUGUGUGUGAAGUUGUAGGCGUUGCCAAGCACAUAGACUGGUUUGGACCAAGCGGGGACAGGAUAGAGCCGAACAGACAAGACACAACAGUAACCCGUAACGAUGAGUCAUCUUCCACCCUCACGCUGUAUAAAGCCGGGACGGAAAGUGCUGGGACAUACAAGUGUGUCGCUAUCAAUGGAGACCAGCAAGCGGAGUCGACAGUCAAAGUGAAGAUCUUCCAAAAAAUCACCUUUCAAAACGCACCGUCACCCCAAGAGUUUACUGAAGGAGACAAUGCCAACAUUGUUUGUGAUGUUGUUAGUUCACCUCCACCCACUGUCCUCUGGAAAUAUAAAGGAGCGAAAAUACAGAUGGAAAAAGAUGUUCGGUUUAAAGUACUGAACAACAAUCACCUUCAAAUCCGUGGUAUAAAGAAGACGGAUGAGGGCUUGUAUACCUGCGAGGGUCGCCUGAUGGCGCGCGGCGAGAUUGAUCUGCGUGUCAUCAAGGUCGUUGUGAAUGUGCUCCCGACAAUCAGGAUAUGGCAGUCAGAGGUAAAUGCUACAGCAGACGUUUUGCAGCCGGCCAUCCUGACUUGUGCUGUUGAUGGUUAUCCUGAACCCAUGGUGACCUGGACAAGGAACGAAGUGAACCUCGAGGCAGGAGAGAAGUACAGCUUUAAUGAAGAUGGCUCAGAAAUGACGAUAAUGGAUGUUACCAAACUGGAUGAAGGAGAGUACACCUGCAUUGCCAAGAACAAGGCUGGAGAAACUGAAAAGGAACUCAGUCUGAAAGUGUUUGUCAAACCUAACAUCACAUACAUCAUAAACCAGACUGCUACCGAGAUGGAAGAACAGGUAACCCUGACUUGCGAGGCGUCGGGGGACCCAACUCCCACCAUUACCUGGAGCUACGGAGGUCAUGUCUUCACAGAAGGAGAGCAGGCACAUCUAAACAGGAUCUAUCAGGCAUCAUGGACUCGGCCUGAGCAACACAAGAGCCCGGAUGGAAACGUAGUGGUGAGGAGUCACGCUCGUGUGUCCUCCCUCACUCUGAAGUAUGUCAAGUAUACAGAUGCUGGUCAGUACCUCUGCACAGCACACAGCGUCAUCGGAGAGGAUUAUCAAACAGCAUAUAUGGAGGUCCGCUAUACUCCUAAGAUAAAUGGUACAGUGGCAGUGUAUACCUGGGAGGGGAAUCCUGCCAAUAUCAGCUGUGAGGUCAAGGCUCAUCCCAGUGAUGUCUCUAUUGUGUGGCUGAGAGACGGGUUGCAGCUCCCCAACUCAAACACCACCAACAUUAAGAUCUUCAGGACUCCCUCAGCCAGCUUCCUGCAGAUAACCCCCGAGUCUGAAAAUGACUUUGGAAGCUAUAACUGCACUGCUUCAAAUGAGAUGGGCACAGAGUCCAAGGAGUUCCUGCUCAUUCAGGCUGGUCAGUGGCAAUGCCGUGAUUCAAAAUCCAUUCUUACUUUGCAUUUAUAUGGCAGAGGCAGCUGGGUGCAGAGAGUCUAUGAAGUCCAAGAUGGCUCCAUCGGCGAGGUAACAGUCACAGGCCUGAAGCCGGACACGAGCUACGAAGUGAAGUUGUCAGCCGUCAACGGCAAGGGUGAAGGUGAAAGCUGCAACGCUGCGUUCUUGAAGACGGAGCCUGUUCGCCACACUUACAACAACGGCAUUUUUCAUUUUUUCACUGAAGACACAGAAGGGAAUCCUAAUCCUCCUAAACUUGAAGGAGCACUUCAACGUAAAGGCAACUCCCUCAGAGUGAGCUGGAUCAAGCAGGAUGAUGGCGGCUCUCCCAUCUUACAUUAUCUUAUCCGUUAUAAACCAGUGCAGUCUUCAGAGUGGAAACCAGAAAUCCGGCUGCCCAGUGUCAGUGAUCACAUAGUUCUCAGUGGGUUAGAGUGGGACACGGAGUACAACAUCUAUGUGGUGGCAGAGAAUCAGAAGGGCAAGUCUCAGCCAGCAACCAUGUCCUUCAGGACUUCUUCAGAGCCAGAGGCCAUCCCAGAUUUAAGUGAAGAGUCUCCGCUCUCCAUGGGCAUCAUGCUCUGGGCAGGAAUUCUCGUUGUAGUAUUUAUACUCCUGCUCCUGGCUGUGGAUGUCACCUGUUACUUUGUUAACAAAUGUGGCCUCAUCAUGUGUCUCUGCGGCAAGUCAGGCACAGGGACCAAAGGGCACAACUUAGAGGAGGGCAAGGCAGCCUUCAUGAAAGAUGAGUCCAAAGAGCCAAUAGUGGAAGUCAGAACAGAGGAUGAGUGCUCAGCCAAUCAUAACGCAGCAGGACCCGUAGAGCCGAAUGAAACCACACCUCUCACAGAGCCAGAGAAGGCGGCUUACACUGCUGCUCUGGCACUGGACACCCUCUCCUCCGUAGCCACCAACUCUGACACAGCCACUGCAACAAUUGAUCCCGCUCAGGACAGCCCCUCUAGUGAAACCACUACCCUCACUUGUAGCCUGUCCACCCCAGCCAACGAACCCUCACCCACCCCUGUCCUGGCUCCGGCCCCGACUCCAGAAUCGAACACGGCCCCGCCGCCCCCCCUCGUCUCCACAGCUGCUGUUGAAGCUAAAAUGGCCCCGCUAAUAGAACAGAGAGGAAGAGACGCCCCAGAAGAACAGGAGAAAUUAAACACUCCUCCUUGCACCCCCGAACAGAUCAAACCUCAAAAAUCUGGGACGCCAAUACCACCGAAGCGUAGACACUCUCCUAAACUUGCUGCUCUGAAUGCUAAAAGUAGUCCCCCUGUUUCUCCUCUGGCUGUCUCUCCUGUAUCUUCCUCUCCCACUUUAGACAACAGGAAACCUGCUCCAAGCCCACCAGUCACUAAACCUCCCACACAGCCAAACACUGUAGCCUUAAAUCCAGAGCCACCAGUACAAACUGCCUCAUGUCUAGCAACUACUGCCCCUGCACCAGACCCAGAUUCAAAACCUACAGCCCCAGAUUCCAGUGGGCGUAGCCUUACUGCCUUUAACAAAGACAAAACUGUUGAUCAAACUGCUGACAGUACCACACCCACUGCCAGAGUUGCUACUACUAGUUCACCUGCAGUGAUCCACGGUGUUCCUGAAGACCUGGAUGCUGUAAACCCUGGUUCUCUAGUUUCAGGCAUUCCCUCACCUUUACCUGUUACUCCUAUUCCUUCCAAUCCUGUCCCUGUGAAUCUUGAGGCGUUGCCAUCGAACAACCUUCUUAUAUCAGCGUCAGACACAUAUGACUUACUGACCCCUGACAUGGGGCCCAAAAAUGCAGAUUUAGACUUAGAGAUGAUAAACGGGACAGAAAGACCCUCCAUGCCCCCCGCAGACCUCAUUAGCUUAGACAGCCCACCAGCUGCCCCCUCUCUACCCAAUGGAGACGAAGCAGACCCCCCCUCAGGCCCAGUUCUACAGCCAUCAGAGACUCUGGCCAAGACUGCUCCUCCUGUCAACGAUGAGAAGAUUUUUUCUGAUGAGAAGGGCAAACUUGAGGAGGGAGGCUUACCAAACACCCUGAUCUCUGCAGAACACAACAGUGUCAUACAGACAAAUACAGCCGAGAGCAAAGCAUGAUGGGCCGGGGACAUCCCAGCCCUAUCCAAAACAUUUUGCAGCAGCAGCAUCGAGCAAGAAACACUGCAGGAGUUUUUGGUUUCCAGUGCCCUUAUCUCCACUCUCAAAACAACACGCGUGUCGAUUGGUUAGAGCGCACUUUGACUGUGCUUUCAUUUCUGCUCUCAUUCAUGAAAUGUUUACUACACCCAAGGAGUUUAUCUGUAGGUCAUAAGAGAUUUAUUUUAUUUUUUUAUUAUUAUUUUAUUUAACCAGUCAGGAAGAUUAAGAACAAUCUCUAAUUAUACAGAUCACUUAUACAUACAUAUACAUAUAUAUACAUAUAUAUAUAUAAAAUUAGACUCUACUUUCUAUUGUGCUUAUAGUUUGGACUGCAAUUGCGCAAAAGUAUUGGAUUCUUAUGAGAAAUGUAAAGGUAAAAAAACAACUGACUAUAGAAAUUAUUUUUCUUAUUUUAAUGUUCAAAUGUUCAAAUGUAAACGUUUUUUUCAGCGUUUUUUUAAGUUUGACUUCUUUUGUGGCCUAGUCUCAUUAAGUAGCUUGUUCUGCAUGUCUGACCUGCAAUUGGUUGUGAAGUUUUGUUUACAAGGUUUACUGUUUCACUUCGUCUGCUACGGGGAUGUUUAAUCACGCGCAGAUAUGCUGGCAUUGAUUAAACAUACACUCGAGUUCGGCCUUUGGAUUAUAGCCAUUUUUUAUGGUUAUAUGAAAUCCAGGAUUAACCCACAGCCAGCUGCAGGGGGGAAAGAGGCUGAGAGAAUCCCACAAGUACACGAUGUGCAUGAUUUGAUCUGAUUUAGACCAUUUCUGGAUCAAAUUUAUUCAGUCUGUCACUGCCUUACCAGAUUGGUAGUUAAAAUAUUCAUUAAUAAAAUGUAUUUGAUUUAGAGAAGGAAAAAAAAGCGACUCCUUGAACACUAACAGUCACAGACCAAAAAAACAAACAAACAGGAGGCAGCACGGCUGCUGAUUCUCAGCCGCUGGUUGAAGAACUGUGGAUCAAGCGAAUGUCUUGUGAUCUCGAGCUAAAUUUGUUUGUUUGGGGGACGGCUAUGAGAGCUGUAGUUCUUCCUCCCUUUUACGCAGAUCAAAGGUCUGGCUUCAUAGUUUUGAGUUGUGCAUUUGAAGCAAAAAAAACCAAAAAAAAAACAUUUAAAAAAGGAAAUUUAAAAAAGCAUUUUUUGUACUAUUUAAAAACUACAAAGAUUUCUUUUCUGUUCCUGCCUGCAAGCUUGUGCACUGUGCCUGUGUGUCAAUAGAUUGUCUUGUCAUCAGUUUCUAUGAUAAUCUGCAUAGCUUCGUUGUGAGAAAUUUAGCCUAUUCUUUUUAUUUGAUGUGUUAUUAGAAGAAAAAGUACGAUAAAUGGACUAAUGUGGUCAUUAUAACACGUGUAGUGUAUGAAACUGUCCGUCUCUGGUCACAGCACCAUAUUAUCGCCAGCUGUAGUGAAGGAAGGCGUUUCAAGCCUCGGCAUGAAUUCAGUCAGUACAUCAUAACGUAUAACUACAAGGCAGAUAGACAUGCCCGUGUUUGUAUGGGGGUAAAUAGUGCUCAUAUUGAUUUAAUGAGCGUUACCUUUGGGGCUUGCUCUGGCAUAAUUAUACACAUUGCUUUUAUUUUUUUAUUUUUUCCCCCCAGUUGUUAUUCAAGUGUUCUGUAAUGUGAUCUCUGAAAUUCUUUUUUUUAGUUUUUGUCUUUUUGUACAAAAAUCACUCACCAAGAGCGACUGCUUGAUGAUACCAUUGGCAGGAAGCAAGGUGGUCCACCUAAGACAGAUGAUCAUAUUUUUUUUUUGUACCAUCACAAAAAUCAGAUACAGUUUUAAAGUAGGAAGAAAAGAAGAGCUUUACUCUCCUUGUACUCCAGUGCUGUCACCAGACCACCUUGCUCUCUCGCCUCUGGAUGCUCCUUUUGGUUUUAUUGGGUCAAACUCAGAAAAUAUCUGUUGUGUACAGUCUGAGUGCUAACCCAUUUACAAAAUAAAAUGGUUUCCAAAUCUAA